AUGUUUUUAAGCUCUGCCUACGCCAGCCGGCGGGAUUGCGGGCGCACCGCCUGCUCCCUGGCCGCCGACAACCUCCGCCGGGCCUGCGCCUACCGCGACCGCCGCGGCCGCCGGCGCCAGCCCGACUGGGUGCGGGAGGAGCGGUACCAGCCCUCCUACAACAAGGGCCCGCAGUCCAGCGGCCCCGUGCUGCUCCCCGCGCGCCACCUCCACCAGGAUGCCGACUCCUCGGAGCGGGUCCUCAUGGACAUGCGCUGGGGCCUGGUGCCCUCCUGGUUCAAAAAUGACGACCCCUCCAAACUGCAGUUCAACACCUCCAACUGCCGCAGUGACACCAUGCUGAAAAAGACCUCCUACAAGGGUGCUCUCCUCAAGGGCAAGCGCUGCGUGGUCCUGGCCGAUGGCUUCUACGAGUGGCAGCAGCAGCAGAGUGGGGGGAAGCAGCCGUAUUUCAUUUACUUCCCCCAGACCAAGGACGCCAUGGAUGAGGGGACGGAGGGAGAUGAGGAGUGGAAAGGAUGGAGGUUGCUCACCAUGGCUGGAAUUUUCGACUGCUGGGAGCCACCAUCGGGAGGGGAAAUGCUGUACACUUACACCAUCAUCACUGUGGAUGCCUCCAAGGACGUGAGCUUCAUCCAUCACAGGAUGCCAGCCAUCCUGGACGGGGAUGAAGCCAUCAGGAAAUGGCUGGACUUUGCUGAAGUGCCAACCCAAGAAGCUGUUAAACUCAUCCAGCCCACAGAGAACAUUGUUUUCCACCCAGUGUCCACCUUUGUCAACAGCAUCCGCAACAACACGCCCGAGUGUGUUGCACCCAUCGAGCUGGGAGCCAAGAAGGAGGUCAAAGCCACCCCAAGCAACAAAGUGUUGCUAGGCUGGUUAAAAAACUCCCAGGAGGGCUCUCCCCAGAAGAAAGAAAACAAUUUGCCCAAGUGGAAGAGUCAGUUCAUCCACAGCCCUUCGCCCAAGAAAACCAGUGCAGAUAUCCUGCAGCAGUGGCUGGGGAAGCAGGGAGAGCCAGCUGCGAAGAAGCACAAGGCUUAGGCACCAGCUGGGAUGGUUGGCCAUCCUUGAUCCGCUGCUCUAGGUUGUUGUCUCUGUUCUUUGUGUUUUGUUAAAAGUUGGUGUUUGUCUUUAAAGAUUUUGUCUUUGUCUUGUGCUGACGGGAGUGAAUAUAACCUGCUGGCUUCCCUCCCUGCCAGUCACUUGUGCCAAACACAGAUAAAGCCCUGAGAAGCAUCUCAGUCUGCCAGGGAGGAAUAGCUUCUGCCUCCUGUCAGUGUUCAUAGUUCAGGUCUCCUUCUGUUUGCUUUUCUCUUCCCUUUUUUGGUAUUAAACCGAUACCUCUUUUCCACUUAAUUCCACACUGAUUCUGUACAAAUUCCUUUCCAAUACUCUCUCCCUCAAAUGAUGGCUGCAGUACAGAGAAACAAGAUGUAAAUAUUAUAAGGAAACUCCAGGCUGGGAAGAUCUGCCAGAGCCAUCCCGCUCUGCACCAGCAUUGCCAUGUACAUCCAUGGCUCCUAAACAGGGAGAUGUUUAGGCAGUGCCUGGGAGGAACUGCACUUUGCUUGGCUUUCCCUACGGGCAGAGAGGUGGGACAGUGUGUCUCAGUCACGUUGUUUGUACAGUCAUUUUGUUAAUGGGAUUUGAAGACUUAGAGAGGAUUUCCUUGAUCUGUGGAGGGAUGCACUCUGCCUUGUUCAUAAAGGUCAUUCAUUAAAGCCCAGAUAACCGAAGUGCCAUUACAGAGCAGCAUAGGGCAGCAUGUUUUUGAGGUCAGGGAUUUUGUAAACAUAGCCAGAUGUUACAGACCAAAAGCCUUACACGGUGAAAUCCUUGCUGGAAAUCAGUACUUCCUUUGUAUUGGAAACAAUAAAAUGGGCUUCACUGGCUGACUGUG